AUGGCAGAGACCGCGCCAGCAGCCGCCGCUCCUCCUCCCGCCGAAGCGGCCGCCAAGUCCAAGAGGCAGCCGAAGAAAUCCGCCGCUGCAGGGGGCGCCAAGAAAAGCAAGAAGCCGUCCGGUCCCAGCGUGUCCGAGCUCCUCGUCACAGCCGUGUCCGCCUCCAAGGAGCGCAGCGGGGUGUCUCUGGCCGCCCUGAAGAAGGCUCUGGCUGCAGGAGGAUGCGAUGUGGAGAAGAAUAAUAGCCGCAUCAAGGUGGCCAUCAGGGCUCUGGUCACCAAGGGGACCCUCACCCAGGUGAAGGGCAGCGGCGCCUCCGGCUCCUUCAAGCUCAACAAGAAGCAGCAGGAGACCAAGGACAAGGCGGCCAAGAAACCUGCAGCUACUGCGGCCAAGAAACCCGCUAAAUCCCCGAAGAAGCCCAAGAAGGCCCCGGCCAAGAGCCCGAAAAAGACCAAGAAACCAGCCGCGGCCAAGAAAGCAGCCAAGAGCCCCAAGAAGCCGAAGGCUGCCCCCAAGCCCAAGAAGCUGGCCAAGAGUCCGGCUAAGAAGGCGGCCAAACCCAAGGCUGCCAAGAGUCCGGCUAAGAAAGCGGCGAAAGCCAAGAAGAGCGCGGCCAAGAAACCUGCAGCUACUGCGGCCAAGAAACCCGCUAAAUCCCCGAAGAAGCCCAAGAAGGCUCCGGCCAAGAGCCCGAAAAAGACCAAGAAACCAGCCGCGGCCAAGAAAGCAGCCAAGAGCCCCAAGAAGCCGAAGGCUGCCCCCAAGCCCAAGAAGCUGGCCAAGAGUCCGGCUAAGAAGGCGGCCAAACCCAAGGCUGCCAAGAGUCCGGCUAAGAAAGCGGCGAAAGCCAAGAAGAGCGCGGCCAAGAAGUAACCGGCGCCGCCCGCACUUCUCUCCCAAAGGCUC